GCUGAACCCUGUGCCUGGCUCCUACCCCACACAGAGCUGCCACCCUCACCUGCCCCCAAGCUACCCUGUCACUGAGAUACAACAUGCCAGCAGCCAGAAACUGGUGGCCUGGUCAGCCUGUGCUCCUGGGCACAUGCCCAGCCUGCCUCCAUACCACCCUGCCUCAGGUCUGUGUUAUGUGCAAAACCACUUCGGUCCAAACCCCAGCGCCUCCAGUGUGUACCCAGCUUCUGCAGGGACUUCCCAGGGGGUGCAACCUCCUUCCCUCGUUAGCAGUCCUGACACGGUGUAUUCUGGGACCCUGGGCACCCCAGGGACUGCAGGCCCCAAGGAGUCCUCCAGAGUCACCAUACCCUAAGCCAGUGUCCAAGGAAGUCCUCUCACAUCUUUGGCUUCUAAGAAAAGUCCUAUCUGAGCGAGGAUUUUCUUGACAAGAAUUAUUUAUUGAAGCCAGGUAUGGUGGCUCAGGCCUGUCAUCCCCAGUAUUUGGAAGGCUGAGGCAGGUGGAUCGAAAGUUCAAGGCCUGCCUAGACUAUACAGCAAGAAACUAUCUCAAAAAUAAUGAAAAGGUUGGGGAUGUGGCUCAAUGGUAGAGCAUGCUUGACUAGCAUGCAGAAGGCCCCAAGUUCAAGCCCCAACACCACAAAAAAGAAAGAAGAGAAAAAAAGUAUUUAUUGAAUACCUCUAUGUGCAGUUCUGUUGAGUACUUUGAUAAAUGUCUCUUUCUGUGUCCUUUCCACCCAAGGCAGCUCUGUGAAACACGAUUUACUAACCCAACUUUCAGAUACAGAAAAUAAAAGUGGGCAUGGUAAAUGUACCUAUUCACAACUGUAACGGAGGCAGGAGGAUCAGAAGUUCAAGGUCAUCCUCAGUUAUACAGAGAGCUGGAGACCAGCCUGGGCUACAUGAGAAGUGAGAUGUUUUGGGAUUCCAUGGAGUCUUGAGGCUCCAGAGGAACCCCUCCACCUGGGGUUCUUAGCUCCUACUCCAGUGUCCUGAGCACAGGUAGAAGGUGAAGCUGUCCAAAGCUGCCAAAGGCUCUUGCUAAACCCACCUGUCUCAUCCUGCACAGUGCCCAUGAAUCCAUGCUUGUGUCUUGUGUGAUGGGCAGCCCUCAGGCCUGUGUAACAUCAUCUCCCUCCCUCCUUCCCUUCCUCCCCCUCAUCCAUCCCUGUCCAGACUUUUCUGCUAGGCAGAGGCCACCCAUAGCAGCAUGCUGGGCCAACCUAUCAGUUGUGUUUGUAUUAAAACCAGCCUCCAAACUGCCA